UUGGAGUUUGUCUCCGAAUAAGGAGAGAAAAAAAGGGCAUGGAAUGCGUUCAAUCUCAUCCCCUUUCAUUCAAUCUUCACCUUUCCCCUCCAAAUCCUGUAUCUCGUAAGGCCAAACAAUUCUGCAGAAUCAAAGCCUCCGCAAGAUCCCCACCCAAACCCCCCAAGAAACCUACCAAAUUUCCCCGCAAAAGAAGAAGAAACCCACCUUCUUUGCCCUUCCCCUUCCAGAAAACUCCAAUUCCCCCCUCUUUGCCACUCCACUCCAAGAACCCACAGGCCAUUUACAAAGACAUUCAAGCGUUCGCUAGACAGAACAAGCUCAAACAAGCCCUCUCCAUUUUGGACUAUGUAGACCAACAAGGCAUCCCUGUUAAUCCCACCACCUUCUCUUCCCUCCUCGCCGCUUGCGUUCGCACCAAAUCCUUAGCCGACGGAAAACAAAUCCACGCUCACAUUCGGACCAAUGGGCUCGAAAGCAACGAGUUUUUACGUGCCAAACUGGCUCACAUGUACACUUCUUGUGGCUCCAUCGAGGACGCCCGAAGGGUGUUCGAUGGGUGUACUAGCAACAAUGCUUAUUCCUGGAAUGCUUUGCUUAGAGGAAGCGUUGUGUUGGGUGGAAAACGGUAUUUGGACGUUCUUUCUACGUUUCGUGAAAUGAGGUCGUUGGCUGUCGAAUUGAACGAGUACACGUUCUCUACUGUUCUUAAGAGCUUUGCGGGUGCAUCAGCGUUUAGACAAGGCUUAAAGGCUCAUGCCCUUUUGUUUAAAUAUGGUUUCAUUAAUAGUUCAAUGCUUAGGACGGGUUUGAUUGACUUGUAUUUUAAAUGCGGGAAGAUUAAACUCGCUCAUCGCGUGUUCGAGGAAAUCCCUGAGAGAGAUAUUGUUCUGUGGGGGGCGAUGAUUGCGGGUUUUGCUCAUAAUAGGAUGCAGAGGGAAGCCUUGGAUUAUGCUAGAUGGAUGAUAAGUGAAGGUAUACGUCCGAAUUCUGUUAUACUUACUACGAUUCUUCCAGUGAUUGGAGAAGUUUGGGCACGAAAAAUAGGUCAGGAGGUCCAUGCUUAUGUGAUUAAGGCAAAGAGUUAUUCGAAGCAGUUGGCUAUUCAGUCAGGUUUAGUUGAUAUGUAUUGCAAGUGUGGUGAUAUGGAAUCGGGCAGGCGAGUUUUCUAUUGUUCUGAAGAAAGGAAUGCGAUUUCUUGGACCGCUUUGAUGUCGGGAUACAUAUCGAAUGGGAGGCUUGAGCAGGCUUUGCGAUCAGUUGUAUGGAUGCAACAGGAAGGGUUUAAGCCUGAUGUUGUCACGGUUUCCACAAUUCUUCCUGUUUGCUCACGGCUGAGGGCUCUCAAUCAUGGGAUGGAGAUUCAUGCUUAUGCCGUGAAGAACUGUUUCUUUCCCAAUGUAUCUGUCGUCACUUCCCUGAUGAUUAUGUACUCAAAGUGUGGCGUUUUAGAUUAUUCUUUGAAGCUGUUCAAUGGUUUAGAGGCACGGAAUGUGAUUUCAUGGACAGCCAUGAUUGAGUCGUAUGCAGAGAAUGGGUGUUUACACGAAGCAAUCGGCGUGUUUAGGUCAAUGCAGUUGUCGAAACACAGGCCGGACUCGGUGAUAAUGGCUAGGAUGUUAAACAUUUGCAGUGAGCUUAAAGCUGUAAAGCUUGGGAAGGAGAUUCAUGGACAAGUCUUGAAGAAAGAUUUCGAGUCGAUUCCUUUCGUAUCGGCUGAUAUUGUUAAGAUGUACGGUGGUGGUGGAUUAAUCGGCAGUGCGAAGUUAGUAUUUGGGGGCAUCCGUGUUAAGGGUCCUAUGACAUGGACUGCCAUUAUAGAGUCUCAUGGAUGUAAUGAUCUUUAUGAAGAUGCAAUUCGUCUUUUUCAUCUAAUGAUAUCUGAUGGAUUCACUCCGAAUCAUUUCACUUUCAAAGUGGUUUUAUCGAUUUGCAGAAAGGGCGGAUUUGUCGAUGAGGCUUGCCGAAUAUUCAGUGUCAUGACUCGUAAAUAUAAACUCGAGGCAUCUGAAGAACAUUACUGUAUAAUGAUUGAGCUUCUCGAUAUGCAUGGUCGCUUUGAGGAGGCUGAAAGAUUCAGGCAGAUGAAAUCUGUGUCAUCCUAAGAAAAACAGCUCUUGUUUUCUCAUGUUUCGGUUUCGACAAGAGGUGACGAUUGGACGAACUGGUUUGGUUGCAAGUCGG